UAAUUGAAAGUUGGCAACACUGAAACAGGCAUUUUCAGUCGUCUGUCGAAUCGAGUAAACAAAUAUGCGUCAAAUAGGAUGGGCGAGUUAAAUGGAAAAAGAAAAGAGUCGUUUAGUCUGUGAUAUUUGUCAAAAAACAUAUCGAUCGAAAGUGUGUUUAAGGGUGCACAUUAAGCACAAACAUCCAUCGCAGAGGAACCCUUUGUGUUUUCAAUGCGACGAAUGUGGAAAAGUCUUUCAAUGGAAAGACACGUUAAAAGAUCAUUUAAUCUUAAAACAUGGAUUUUCCGAACCGGGAAAGAAAAUGCUAUGGUGUCACUUCUGUCCCAAAAAAUUCCUGUAUAAAACACAGCUUGACUCGCAUUUACAUAAACAUAAUGAUUACAGACCCUUUCAGUGUGAACAAUGUGGGAAAAAAUUCAAAUACAAACAUUCAUGGAAGAAACAUGAUACAACAGUCCACUCCAAUAAAAGGGAUUUUCAGUGUGAUACUUGCGGCAAAACUUUUAAGACGAAGAAUUAUCUGUAUACUCAUGAAACUAACGUUCAUCAACAGAAUAGUCCCGUCAAAUGCAGCUUUUGUGAGAAAUAUCUGAAAACAAAAAAGAUCCUAAAUUAUCACAUUCAGCAAGUUCACCAGAAAAAGGAAAGGAAAUACAUAUGUUCUGUUUGUUUCCAAGCCUUUGUUUCACCAAAAGAUCUUCUUAGACACAGUAAAACGCAUACUCGAGUUAAAGACCAUCAUUGCAGUUACUGCCACAAGAGCUUUUCUCGAGCAGACAAUUUGCAGACCCACCAAAAAAUUCAUAACAAACAAAAAGAAAAACUUUAAAAUAAAUAUAAAGGAUGAUUUGGUACCUCUGUAAUUCUGCAGCAUGAUAACUCUCAUACAAAGGAAUAUUUUGUACAGUAACAGGUUCCCUGAUGUGUUAUUUAGGAGUAAUGUGGCUCAUCAGAAGCUUACCAUGCUUCAGUGCCAUCAUAUGAUUUGUGGACAAGUAAGCAAGAAUGGAUGUGUAAGAUUUGGCUGAUCUCACCAACAUGACAAUGUUAUGGGAAAGCUAGAAUAAAUGGUGUCACGAGCUAUCUGCAUUUACCAACAGCAGUUAUUAGACCUCACAUUUGAUUAUGUCCAAUAAUCACUGUUAUAAUGAUGUCAUCAAUGUACUGCAGUUUAGAAUGGACACUUUUAACAAUUGAACUUCCUGGUAAGUGUAUUUGUAUCAGUAAGUACUUCCCUUUCAUUGUUGUAUUAUCUGUCACUUAUGUGUUACUGCACAUAAAAUAUUCCUUUCUGCAAGACCUAUUGUGCUGCAGAGGUCCCAAAUUACCUUGAAUAAGUGAUUACAUAAUUAACAAAUUGGCAUUUAUGGCUAUGAGUAAGGUGUAUUAUUAUUUUUUUUCUUUUUAAAAAAGGAAAUGUAAAUUUAUGAAAAUAGGACAAUUGAAUAUUUUUCCACAUGAUAAAGCUAUUUCCAUGAUUAGCCUCUUAAAAUUUUAAAAUUUAAUGCACUCCAGGAAAUUUCUUGUUUCAGAAUGUAGAGAAGUGAUCGAAAUUUGGAAUCUCUAGCGUGAAGUGACUAGGACAGCAUCUCUCAACAUGUUAAAGAUUUCCAACAUAUCUAAUGUUAAAGAUUGACAGAGAUUGGAUUAAGAGGACCACAUUAAAAAAAAAAAAGGUGCUUUCAUAUUGCUACAUCUUUGAUAAAUAACACUUUAUAUUUCUUUAAUUAUAAAGCAUAUAUCUUCAUAUAUUGUAGGAUUUUUUAAAAAUAUUUAUUUUAAAGAAUAAAAUGUUACAAUAUUUUGCCAGCGAUGUUGAAAAGAUCUGAUUUCAUA